CUGCUAGCUGAAAACCCGUCUCUACUACUUAAUGAGAUCGGUAAAUGGCUCGCCAUAUAUCAUGAUCAGCCAAUAUCCACGCCAGCUCUUUACCGCAACCUCAGGGACUUUGGGCUCACCUACGAACACUUGAAGAGGAUAGCAGCCGAACAAGAUGACGGUUUCCGAGCUGAUUGGUUGCACAACAUGAUAGCCAACUAUACAGCUGAGCAGCUCGUGUUCCUGGACGAGUCAAGCAAAGAUGACCGCACCAUACUUCCUAGACAUUGUUGGUCUCAUGUCCGCUUAAACGGGGGCAUUCGAUACAGUGUGCCGCCAGCUCUCACUAUUGAUGGCUUUCUGACUGUCCGAGGCAUUGAGGGAUCUACUAUAGACGGUGCGGAGUUCUACGAUUUCGUUGUUAACGAUGUAGAAAGUGCAUUC